UCCUCCUCCUCAACACCUCAGCAAACUCCAAGCAUACCAUCUUGAGCCCGUGGAUGAGGAGUAGCAGCGAGCACUGCAGGCUGGCCGUCUCUGUGCACAGGCACCUGCAACCUUCCGGGAGGUACGUCGCCCAGCUGCUGCCCCACAACGAGGCUGGAAGAGAGAUCCUCCUGGUACCCACUCCGGGGAAGCAUGGCUGGACGGUGCUGCAGGGAAGAAUUGGGCGCCCAGAGAACCCGUUCCGAGUGGCCCUGGAGUACAUCUCAAGUGGAAACCGAAGCUUGUCCGCAGUGGACUUCUUUGCCCUGAAGAACUGCAGUGAAGGGACAUCCCCAGGCUCCAAGAUGGCCUUGCAGAGUUCCUUCACUUGCUGGAACGGGACAGUCCUCCAGCUUGGCCAGGCCUGCGACUUCCACCAGGACUGCGCCCAGGGAGAAGACGAGGACCAGCUCUGCAGUAAGCUCCCUGCUGGUUUCUACUGCAGUUUCGAGGAUGGCUUCUGUGGCUGGUCCCAAGGAACACUCUCACCCCACGCGCCCCAGUGGCAGGUCAAGACCCUAAAGGAGGCCCGGUUCCAGGACCACCAAGGCCAUGCCCUGUUGCUCAACACCACUGAGGUCCCCACUUCCUCGAGUGCUACCGUGACCAGCUCCACGUUUCCCGCACCGAUGAAGAACUCUCCGUGCGAGGCAAGUCUCGAUGUUCCUCUAUUCUCCAACUUCUCCUCCCGCUCUCCCCUCUGCACUUCCAGAUGA